AUGGAAGGUAGGAUCCAAGCUCUAGUAUCAAUGAUUCUCAUUGUGACACUAUGUGCCACUAUUCUAUUGCAGCCGGGCUUGGCCGAGGUGCAAGUGACACCACAAUUUGCUUCCAUUCCUGGCUCCCCUAUAGAUCUCACAAAAUGUUGGUCAUCUCUCUUCAGUGUUGAAGGUUGUGUAAUUGACAUCUACAAAUUUGCUGUAACCGGUAAGUUUGGGAAUAUUAAACUGGCGUGUUGCAAGGCGUUUAUGGAUGUGGAUGAUAAGUGUUGGCCAAAAAUGUUUCCGUUGAAUCCGUUCUUUCCUCCUCUUCUCAAGAAUAGUUGUGCUCGUAUCAACGGAGCUGUUCUCACACACACCAGGCCUCAUCAACUCCCUACUAUUCCUGGGUUUUCUCUUCCCAGUUCUCCGGUCGAUCUCACAAAAUGUUGGUCAUCACUUACCAGUGUUCAAGGUUGUGUAACUGAAAUUUACAAAUCAGUUUUCACUGGAAAGUUUGAUAAUGUUGGACCAGUGUGUUGUAAGGCAGCUUCAGCUGUGGAUGCAAAAUGCUGGCCACGUAUGUUUCCACUAAAUCCAUUCUUCCCUCGUCUUCUUAAAGAAAGUUGUUCUCCCAUCAUCAACGCAGCAGCACCUACACACAAGUGA